UCUCUCUACCCAGCUGCCCGUCUGUCUGUCUCUCUCUCUCACUCGCUGGCUCUCCAGCUGUCUGUCUGUCUGUCUCCCCAUCUCUCUGAGGUGACUGCUGUGCGUUUGGAGUGGAGAGAGUUUUCUCUUGCUGGUGGAACGUCCUUUUUCUGGAGAGAUGUUGAGCUUUAUAGCCCUGGCUUCAGUUCUUCUUGUUAGUCUAGCUUCUCAAUCGGAGGCUAUCUGGGUCUACACCGGCUGGGAUAGACACGCCCUGGUGGGGUCGGAGGUCAGGCUGUCCUGUUCCUUCUUCUCGUGGCGCUGGCUGUCCGAUGAUGUCACGUUCUCUUGGAGCUACAAACCCGACAAUGCCCGCUCCAGCAUUUCGAUUUUUCAUUAUGCGGGAGGCCAGCCCUACGUUGAUAAUAAAGGUCCAUUCAGAGAUCGUCUGGAGUUUGUUGGUAACCCCCAGAAACGGGACGGUUCCAUCUUGAUCCGGAACCUGGACUACAAUGACAACGGGACCUUCACCUGCGACGCCAAGAACCCCCCUGAUAUCGUGGGGCGCCCCUCAAGCGUCAGACUGCUGGUCUUUGACAAGGUGCCUGUCCGUGCUGGAGUAAUAACGGGAGCUAUCAUUGGUUCGGUGCUGGGUCUUGUCAUCCUAAUUGUGGCCAUUUAUUUCCUGAUGAGAUUCCUGGUUGCGAGGAGAGUCUUGAACCUGAGUGUGAGCAAGAUGGAAAAGGGGAAGAAAGGCAAAGGGAAAGAGGGAUCUCAACAGAGACAGGGCCCGGUCCUGUACGCCACCCUCGACCAGUCCAGUAAGCUGAAAGCCGCCGGGUCGGAGAAGAAGAAAUCGGGAGACUCCAAGAAAGACAAGAAAUAGGAUACGGAGAGCAGAGAGCUAGAUUCAGCCGAAGCAGACCAGCCCCCAACCGCACCCAUUGCCGAACCCAAGAAAAAGGAGUCCAAACGAGAGAGGAAGGAGAGGGAGAAGAGAGAGAGGGAAGGGGAGGAGAAGGGGACCCCCAAGAGAGAGAGGGUCGUGAUGACCAUCGAGAUGGAGCUGAAGAAAGACGGGGAGAUAGGAGAGGAAGACUCCGCGGGGGUGCCCAAAAAGUCUCCCAGCUUUCUCGAACAGCUCGCCAGCAAAUUGAGCCCGUCUAAAAAUAACGGUUGAUGGUAAUACGCGGAAAAGAAAUCGUGGGUCUAAUUGCUGGGGGGGGGGGGG